AACGGGAACCUUCGGGUGGGGGGAAUUAAGAAGGGAGGGGGGGCACCCAAAAACACGCCCAUCGGCGAAAAAAAAGAACAAAGUAGUUCAUCAACAUGGGAAAAGAGAAGAAAGCCCAGACCAACCCGUCCCUUAAUAACCAGGCAGGAAAGGCUGAAAAAGAGAAAAGCAACGAUCCCGCCAAGGAGCAAGAAGCAGCGAUGAAAAAGAAGCAAGCCAAAGGAGAUCCCAAAGCGGCCCAGGAAGAGGAAGCUCACACGUGCUGUGGCUGCCGUUUCCCGUUGCUGGUUGCGUUGCUGCAGCUGGCUUUAGGCGCCUCUAUAACAGCGCUGGGCUUCAUUAUGGCAGGCAUCAGCGUUUCUCUGCUAGUCAGAGACACUCCAUAUUGGGCUGGCAUAAUUGUCUGCGUGGUGGCUAUACUGGGACUAGUAAUGCUCUGUGUUUCUUACCAACCAGAUGAGAAGACCUGCAUGCAGUUUACCAUUAAGGUUGCAUACUUCCUGCUGAGCUCUCUGAGUCUGAUUGUCUGUGUUUUGGCUGUGGCUUUUGCUGCCUACCGUUAUUCACAGAUUACACAGUUUAUCUGUGAAACCAACCUUGAGAUCUGCCAGUGUAAACUGGACACAGUGGAUCCCCUCAGCAGAAGCUUCAUUUAUCAGAAUGUAUCUGACUGUACGGACAUAACUGGUACUUUCAAUCUUUACUUGCUGAUCCAGAUAGUGCUUAACCUUCUUGCGGCCAUAGUGGGUUUUGCAGCGUGCUUUGUGAUGUGGAAAGACAGAUACCAGGUUUUUUAUGUGGGCAUCCGGAUACAUUCAUUGGUCACUACUGGAGUUCAGCAGCAAAAGGUGUAGGGCCUUAAUGAGGGGGAGGUAUUGAGAAGAACAAUAGAAUAUCAUCAUAAUCUCACCACCAAAUGGAUGUUUUUUUUAUAAACCUGGGGAUGGGUGGGAGACAAGGAACACAUGCAUAAUGAAUAUGUUGGCUCAGAUCAAUUAAAAGAGCAUAGUAUGAGAAAUUUCAGUGGUACAUUGUCAGGCCCUCUGCCACAUCCCCAGAUGCACCACAACUUAAGGAAACUUGCACCUCUAUCUCUUGCGAGCAUUUUUUGGAUGUGCACUGGGAACACACAUUGAAAUCUGGGUGCCAUCUUUCCAUGUUACAUGGAUGUGUGGCCCACUUCAUGGGGACCAAGGGCAACUUAUCUGGAUUAAAUGCAAAAAUGGGAUGCCCCAUAUUUGCCAAAACCCUUUCCCCAAAAACAUCUUCCAUUCACACACCUUUUUUAUUCAUACCACUAGCUAGAUGAUGGCCCUGUUUACAGUACCCUCAGCAGCUCCAUUGCUCUCUCUUCUAAGGUUGCUGCAAAUAACAAAUAUAUCAUCUGCUUGGGUGCUUUGGGCAAUUCUGCUUGAUUAUAUGCAGUGUUAAGAUAUACCUGUCCUGUUGUGGUACACAGCCAAGCAAUCUCCCAUCUGGUAGGAGGAUACCACUGAAACCAGCCUUAAAGUCACACACACACGCAGCAGCUGCAAAGUAGCCACCUAACCCUCUAUUAGGGAAGAUCAGUAUUUUCCUAUGCAGUGGUACCUUGGUUCACGAAUUUAAUCCGUUCCACGUCUCUGGUCGCAACCCGAAUCGGUCGGGGACCAAGUCAAAUUUCCCCAUAAGGUUCAAUGUAAAUAAGGUUAAUCCGUUCUGACCCCUACAAAUGUGGUUGUGAGCCAAUUUUGGUCACAAGCUAAGUCAAAUUUCCUCAUAAGGUUCAAUGU